CGGCGGCGGCCGGGCGGGCAGGCGAGGCGAGGCAGGGAUGGCGGACCCGGCGGUGUGCAGCUACCUGUCCAAGGUGCUGUGUUCGCGGGGCGGCUGCGUGCGCCUCUCCGAGCUGCCCCAAGAGAUGGGGCUGCCUAUGAGCCAGCUGCGGCAGGUCCUGGAAGACGCCGGGCAGGCGCGCUUUCUGGUGGUCCGGAGAGGCGGCGAUCAAUGCGUGCUGGCCGUCUCGGCUGCCCGCCUCUGCGUCCGCCAGGUCUGCGUGGGCUGCGAGCGGCUGCACCUCUGCAAGCUGAACCUCCGCGGGAGAUGCCGAGUCCAUGCUUGCAAGUAUUCGCAUGAUAUUUUCUCAGAAACUAACCGGCAAGUUUUGAAAAACCACGAACUGUCUGGCCUGAAUGAAGAGGAAUUGUGUGUUUUACUUUUACAAAACGAUCCUUUUCUUAUACCUGAUGUGUGCGGUGCCUAUAACAAAGGGGGAGGGAGCUGCACUCUGAAAGAGAAUUGCUCCCGGCUUCACAUUUGCCGCUACUUUCUCAAAGGAGAAUGCCGAUUCCCCCAUUGCAAGAGGUCUCAUAAUCUUCUGGACUCCCAUCCUACGAGUCUGCUGAUCUCCGAAGGCCUGGAUCAAGAUACAAUUUGGAACAUUCAAGCCAUUUGUGAUGCCAGGAUUGCUGCCUUCAUGAAUGACCUUAGAACCCCAAAUUGUGCGGCUGCAGCAGAGAAAGAAUACUUAAACAUGCGUCCAAAAACUGAGAGAUAUCCGGUACCUUUUAACGCAAAUAAUUUUGUGAAAAUAGAUCAGCCUGACCAAGGUCUAAAAAGAGCUCCUGCUCCUAAAUCUCCAAAUGCAGAGAAGGAAAAAAGCGACGAAAUCUGUCUGCACUAUGUCUGGCAGUUCUGUAAAAAUAAAAAUAAUUGCAGCAUGCUCCAUUAUGAUCUUCCUUAUCGGUGGCAAAUCUUCACCAACAAUGGCUGGAAGGAUCUUCCCAGAAGAGAGGAAAUUGAAAAGGCUUACUGUGACCCAAAUAUUACCAGGUUUCCAGAUCUAGAUCUAGAUUUCACGACCAUGACUUCUGUCUCUCCUCCAAUUCGGCGCCUGUCCACUGUGUCGUCCGUCACCAAAGAGCCGAAGUUUGUCAUGACAACCAAGUGGCUGUGGUACUGGAGGAAUGACCAGGGCCAAUGGAUCGAAUAUGGGAAACAGGACAAGCAAUUCCAGCCUGCCAGUCUAACUUCAGAUGACCUGGAGAACCUUUACCUAGCAGACCCAAAUGGAAGUAUCCAAUUUGAAGCUGGCUCUCAGAAAUAUUUGCUGAACUUUAAAAAUAUGACCCAGAAAAAUGUGAAUUAUCCUACCCAACGGGAGGUCCGAAGACGUCCCAAGUUUGUUUCCUCUGAAGAUGUCAAGUCAAAGAAAGGACACACAGCAACAGCAACAGCAACAGCAACAGCAGCAGCAGCAGCAACAACAACAACAACAACAACUCCUGCACGCAUAACGUCUCCCGUAACAACUCCAACUUACCCUCCAAACUGGGAUAACACAGCUCUACCUGCUAUUGGAUACGCGGUCAUUGAACUCAAGAGAGGUUCUCCGGAGUUCUUGAAAAUUGAGAAUCUCUUUCAGAUGACGAUGAAAAACUAUAAAAUCCGCAAGAUAGAACGAAUUCAGAACCCAUCUCUUUGGCAAGUCUACCAGUGGCAAAAAGAGCAGAUGAUGAAGAAGAAGAUUGGACAGUUUAUUGACGAAAGGCUUCUCUUCCAUGGGACAAGCCCUUCUAGCUUGAAAGCCAUCUGCACAGACAACUUUGACUGGAGACUCUGUGGCACAAAUGGGACCGUUUAUGGGAAAGGAAGCUACUUUGCCAGAGAUGCCAGUUAUUCAGAUAACUACUGUCCGGUGAAGGAGGAUGAGAAGAUGAUGUUUUUAGCUCAAGUUCUAGUGGGUGAAUUUGUCGUGGGGCAUCCGAUAUACACUCGCCCACCAGCGAAAUUGACCGACGUGCUCAACUCUUACGACAGCUGUGUGGAUAACACAUUAAACCCAUCGAUCUUCGUCAUUUUUGAGAAGCAUCAGGCUUAUCCUGCGUAUCUUAUCUUUUACAGGGAAGAAAAGAAAUGUAUUUUAUCUUAAAAAGAUGCCUUUACAUUACCAUAAUCUUCUUAGCAGUUUAAAUGCCUAUGGCCCUCUUUUUCAAAUCAACCCAAUUUUAUAGAACCAAUCAUAUACCUUCAGCGGAGUAUGAAAGGCUGAAUCGCUAUUGUUGAUGGAUAGAAACGCAACUCUAUUUUUAUCACAAAGAUGUUUUAAGAAAGAAUACCGAAAAUUUGUAAAAAAAUAAUAAUUAUGGGGUUUUAAUCCAUUUUUACUAUCUUCGUUUCUUAGUAAACAAAGUUUUUUUCCCCUUUAGCUUUUAAUAUAUGACGUUUAUUAUGGAUGGGUGUUUAAUCCAUCAAUAAGGCUGGACAAACUAUUGUCCUCCUAGACGGAUGCAAAUUGUUAUUACUGAAGACAUACAGUGAGUGAUUAUCAAAAGAAACUCCUGUUUGCUCCGCGUAUACAUGUAAAGUUCGCAUCAGCCAUAAGAUCCAGUGGUUUAAAAAUAUACCUGUGGUUCUGGAUCCGUGAUGAAAAGUUCUUCGUUUUCUAUUUCAGCUAACACAAUCAUGUUUCUAUGCAUAUCCUCCUCCGUUUUCUCUUUUAAUGAUUUGAUGUAACGCUUUCUGGCAAUUUUCCAAUUUCAGCAGUUUCGUAUUUUCAGUUUAGCAAACAUGUGACCCUCGCUUUUUCAUUUUAGACAAGAUUAGUAUUACAUUUCCUUGUUUUUUGCAUAUUGGAUUAUACAACAUGAAUAUUGGGAAAAUGCGAUGCUAAUUUUUGCCAUUUGGCUUGAAAAACGUCAUUGUGGUAAUAGAAGUGCUAGGAUUGGGGAUGGCGUUAAACCCUGGAUAUCAAGAAACAUGUAGUUGUGCCUUAGAAAGAAAACCUCUGCCACUUUAUAAAGAUAAUCCUUGAACUGAUGAGCCUUUUGUUCAGUGAAUAAUGUUCCUAAGCAAAGAGACUUAAGACCCAGACCUGAAGUUAACAGCUGUUGCAGUGUCACUCACGUGGUCAGAAUUCGGGGACUUGGCAGCCCAUUCACAAUUAUGACUAAAGGGGCACUUUAACUCUCACCACCAACUGCCUCUCUCCCCUGUUUAUAUGCCCUCCUGCUCUGCACUCUACCACCUUAGCUGAUCUCCUCAAUCUUGCACCUACUGCUAAUGAGGGGAGCUGGCCCUGGCUACUGAGCUGGACUUUGGCUGCGGAAAGAAAAAUAAAUGCCAAAAUCAGUCUGAACCACAGCAUACCAAACUAGGCACUGGUUUUGGGGGUUUUUUCUUUCCCACACCUGGCAGCUGGGCACGCCUCAUAGCAGUGGAAUUAAGAAAAUGGCAGAGUGCAGGUGGCAGGGUCUCGGAGUGUAAGGAGCAAGGGUGACUGGGAUGAGAUGGCCGUGGCUUCCGAGGGAUAUUGCCACUAGUCCCCGAAUGGUACAGUUCUAGAGCUGCCCGCCACCCCACAAAGGCAGGGCGCAGGGCAGCCAAAAGGAACAAGAUGGAUGGAGUGGGGGAGCUGAAGACAAGCCCCUUACCAAGGCUCAGGGCUGGGUGAGACCAAAGUGAUUUGGCUUGGUGUGGGUAGUCGCUUAAUGACUGCAACAAGGAAGACCCUGAUUGCUGUCGUAAGUCGGUGUAGUCACAUAAUUUACAAUCCCUUCGUUUGGCGACAGAAAUUCCUGUGGUCCUAAAUUGAGAGCUUCUGUACUGAUUUUUUUGUACUACUUUUUUACUUCCCUGCUAAAAUUGCUUCAUGAAUAAAAUGUUAAUUUUA